AAUUAUGUUAAAAUUCAAUAAUAAAAGCUUUCUAAAAAAAUGACAACAUUUCCACAAGAGUUCUAUUUGUCUUUUUUGCUAGGAGGAUCAUGUGGUGUUUUACUUAUGGUAGUUAUCUCUGAAAUAAAUUUGAGUUUUGACAAUAAUACAAAAAUAAAAAGUUUUAAUGCUGAAAAUGCAUGCCUAACACCAGAAAAAAUGACUAGUAAAGAAUUUUAUACUUCAAAUGAACAUUCUAAAUUUAUUGGAAAGUUUGAUGAACCAAUCUUGGUUAAUGAUAUGAAUAGUUUGCAUCAAAAAAGUGGAGAUGCUGUUGCUAAUGUUUUAUCAGAGAAAGUCAGAGUGCUUUGCUGGGUUAUGACACAACCUCCAACAAUUGCUUCUAAAGCUAAAGCUGUUAAAAAUACAUGGGGAAAACAUUGCAACUUGUUAGUGUUUAUGAGUUCUGUUGAAGAUAAAACAUUUCCAGUUGUUGGUUUAAAUGUUCCAGAAGGUCGGGAAAAUCUAUGGUUAAAAACUAGAGCUGCAUGGAAAUACGUUUAUGACAAGCAUUAUAAUGAUGCUGAUUGGUUUAUUAAAGCUGACGACGAUUCUUUCAUUAUUGUUGAAAAUUUAAGAUACUUUGUUUCCCGAUAUAACACAUCUGAUCCUCAUUAUUUUGGGAGACACUUUGUUCCUUAUGGUGGAUAUAAUAGUGGUGGUGCUGGAUAUAUUUUCAGCAAAGAAACACUAAAGCGUUUUAACCAGAUACUUAAAAAUCCACACUUAUGCAAAUUGAAAUCAGGAGCCGAGGAUGUAGAAGUAGGUAUUUGUUUGGCUGCUGUAAACGUUUACCCUGGCGACACAAGAGAUGAGCUAGGGCGUGAAACCUUUCAUCCGUUUUCACCUGAACAUCAUUUAAUACCUGGCUAUAUAGAUCAGGGUAACUGGUUGCAUCAAUAUAACAAAUAUAAAGUAAUAACUGGACCAGAUUGUUGUUCAGAUCAUGCAAUAGCUUUUCAUUAUGUUAGUCCUAAUGAAAUGUAUAUUCUAGAUUAUUUUAUUUAUCAUUUGCAUAUAUUUGGUGUUCACCAUGUGCAUGAUUAAUAUGUAGUAAAUAUAUCUUACAUAUAUAUAUAUAUAU